AUGGUUAGUUACAAGCUGCUUCGUGCUCUUCUCUUGCUUUCUCCCGCAUUGGGAGCUGCUGUGGUAAGUACUAUUACCAGUAAGCAUGACGGAAUAACUGACUACAUCGUGACAACAAUCGGUGAUGCCGCUGCUACUCCAGCAACGGCUACGACCCCAACAACGGCUACUACCCCUGCUACAGCCACUACUCCAACGACGGCCACUACUCCUGUGACGGCCACCACGCCUACUACAGCUACCACUCCCACCACUACUACCGCUACUCCCGCGACAGCCACCACUCCAACUACCGCUACUACUCCCACUACAACUGCUGCAACUGCUGCAACUACUGCAACUGCUGCUACUGCUGCUACGGGGUCUUCGUCUUCGGUGUCUAAAUCAAGUAGUGAAACGACUACUGUUGCCAAAAAUACAGGCACAAGGCCUGAUCCCAGCACGGAUGCCACCGUUAUACAAGUUUCGGCAGUUUCAACUGGAAGUGUCGAGUCUCUGAUCACUUUGACAGAUGGUACCUCAGUAUACACUACCACUCGCGCACCAACGUCCAUGUGGGUCACCGUCACCGACGAUCAUACUACGACAAAACAGACCACGUUUGUUCAAGAAUUUAAGUCAAUGUACUCUGUCACAGAGAGCCCAUCAUCAGGCUCAAUUGGGUUAGGAACGCUCAGCGGGGAAGUGGGAAAAUUCAAAUCUUACUCUGCUGCUACAGUCGGCAAUGGUGCUGUCAACGCAGCCAGUAUUUCCACUCUAGGAGGUUUGAUGGCUUUACUAUCAUGGUUUUUAUAA